AUGCCUCCCAAGAAGGGCCAGCGUAAGUCGAUGCCUGCGCGCAUCAGUAAAGCGCCUACAUUGACACCUUCUCGGCGCUCGCCCCGAGUACCACCCCCGUCAAAAAGUACAAAUGAGAACGUCCAACCCGCCAAAACGUUGAACCAUACAUCCGCCUCCCCCAAAGACAGUCCUAUCAACAUUCGUUUUUACACUCCAAAUCCACCUGUCCCAAGUAAUCCACCUGUCUCAAGUACAAGUUCACGUGGAACUUCCCCUGAAACACCAUCUUCACGUCGGCGAGCGUUCCAGUCUCGUCCGUCACGUCUUUCAACCGUUUACACUCCAGCCCUAGAAGCCCCGGCCACCAACCAGGGCAGUCGACGGACAAGAAGGACAGCUGCACUUGAAACACCCAAGAAAGAAGUAUCAGACAUCGACUUUCCAGAGAGCACUGGCACCAGCAGCUGGACGUUUGACCAGUACAUGGGCAGUUUCGAAUCCGAAGGAACAGGUGAAGGUGCCUCGAGCCCUACCAGUGCCUCCGACAUGCGGAACUCAUCUCGUGUUCGCAAACCCACCAUGAGGGCCCUUGAAUCUUUUGAAUCGACUAAGAAAAAAUCUCGCCGCAAGAAUACGACGGUGUCCACUCCGACCGUGGAAACUCCUCCUCCUGCUGCCCCUGCUGCUCCUGCUCCCUCUGUGGCAACAAAAGUUGCAAAGAACAACGUUUCGAAGCAACCAAUGAGAAAAACUAGAAAGUCAAAGAGAAUGAGUAACUUGAACAUGCGGAAGAAUGCUGUUUUGAUCGGUUUCGAUAUUGAUGCGAAGGUGGCUGGCCAGAAGCUGUAUGAUUUGUCUAUGCAGGCCCUAAGCCCUGACUUUACUGUUCCUUUCAAUUUCCCCGUGUUCUUGGAACAGCAGCGAAGUGAAUACUUCCGACGCCAAGACGAAGAGAAAUAUGGGGUCGACAUGCCCACCACCAUGGCCACCACGCCGACUGAUGUUGAUAUGGAUGUUGAUUUGAUGGACCAAGAUGUGCCGGCGCCUGUUAUUGCUUGUUCUCCUUCUCCUUCCACACCCACUGCUCCUAUGCCUGCUACUCCUCCCGCCGCAAUCACCAAUGGAGCCACCGACGAGAUCACCAACGGCAUCACCGACCGCUCAAGCAUUUUGAGCUAUAAAAAGCAGUUUGACACCAAAGUCGGCAGCGACGGCUGGAUUCAGACUGGCUACGUCAACUCCAGCGGCGAAGAGGUUGCUCUGAUUCCCGAGAAAUGUCACCCCUACUAUCCGGCUCAUACUUACGGCUGCGAGGGUCUUCCUUUCCCCCCGGUGCGCGCCAGAACCACCCAACAAGCCGAGGCCGAUGCAGCUCACAGCUUCGCUCCACUCAUGGGAGACCGUAAUCUCCCAGUUGAGGCAACGGUCCCGUUCGUUGCUGAGAACGUGGAGGAGGAAAAGGCCAGGGCUCUGGCUCGGACCCCUGUGCCAGCCCCUGCAACCAAGAAGCCCCGUGCCCGGAAGCGCCGUCAGACUGCGGCCGCAGAUGCCGUCGGUGAGCCCGCUGCAGCCACCCCCGCCACUCCUACUGCGGAGAUCGGCGCACGCAAGUCACAGCGUCGCCGUCGUCAGACCGCACCCGCUCCCACUGUCCCCUCCCCUACCUCUCUCACCUCCCCUACCUCUCCUCCGACUACUGCGACCCAGGUCCAGUCUUCGGGUCCGGCUGCCGCCGUCGCUCCCGCUGCCACCGAAGGUGACAAACCUAAGGUGCAGCGGCUUCGGUUGACCUUGAAGCCGGCGCCCAAGACUGAGGCCUCCGGGGCUGGAGCUUCUGCUUCCAAGAAAGGCCCCGCCGUGCAGUCCCCUUCCUCCCCCGCCCUCUCACGUGCGCCGUCCUCCGCACCGACCAACAAGCGCCGCCGUCGCCGGGGCAUGUGA